ACCGAUGCACUUUCUCUCUCACUCAUUCAGCUCGUUGAUUUUUCUCAUUGGUGUAGGCAAGACCUGCCCAGAAAUUGAGCAGGAUUCUCGAUCUCCUUUUAUUAGGCCGAGCAAGAGUUCCACGGGCUUUGGGACUCCCCUCUUGUGUACAGAAGAAACAUGUAGGCUUUCGGAAUCUUUUCUCUCGUAGCCAGACAUCAGCCACUGGAAACAGUCUUCUAGUCCUUCCUCGUCUCCAACAAAACGUCAGCCGCAACCACAUAGGCAAAAUCCAUGCUGAUCUGAGCUAGAUCUGUAGUAGAGUAGCUUUCUCUCUCUCUCUCUCUCUCUCUCUCUCUCUCUCUCUCUCGCGUAAUGGAAAUGGCUAGAUCAUCUAGCUUCUCGAGCUUGUCAACAGGAUGAGCUAAGGAAGUGUAGAAGGAGUCGGAAGGAUCACUGAGAAGAAGAAGAAGAAGAAUCUACAGUGAUCCUCCUUCAUGGACUUGGUACCAAACCCAGGUAGCCCGCAUUCCAAGAACAGCGGUGCCAUCAGUCCCAGUAGCAGGCGGCAGAACUUUAGCACCACCUCCUUGGCCGCUGCCAGCGCUGGCGGAGCUGCCACCUCCUCUUCCCCUCCGUCGUUAAGCCGCUACGAGUCUCAGAAGCGCCGCGACUGGAACACAUUUGGUCAGUACCUCAGGAACCACCGCCCACCGCUCGCCCUCUCCCAGUGCAGCAGCGCCCAUGUCCUGGAGUUCCUCCGCUACCUCGACCAAUUCGGCAAGACCAAAAUUCACACUCACAUGUGCCCCUUCUUCGGCCACCCCAACCCCCCCGCGCCGUGUCCGUGCCCCCUCCGUCAAGCCUGGGGCAGCCUCGACGCCCUCAUCGGCCGCCUUCGUGCUGCCUACGAGGAGAACGGUGGCAAGCCUGAGACCAACCCAUUCGGCGCCCGCGUCGUUCGUCUCUACCUCCGCGAGGUUCGUGAAGUCCAGUCAAAGGCACGGGGCGUCAGCUACGAGAAAAAGAAGCGCAAGAAGCCACCACAACAAGAGCAUCAUCAUCCUCCGCCGCCUCCGCCCGCAGCCUGAUCUACCUGCAUUAGAUCUAUGUGCGUGCAUUAGCUAUGUGUCCAGUAGCUGCAGUGAGUGGUAGUGCUCUAUCAGUCUAGUGGGGGGAAAACAAAAAGAAAAGGAGAGGGGGGAAACAACACAAGUACAGUACGCUCGUGGAGGUAAAAAGCACCAGCCAAGAGGGAGCAACUGCUGCAGAGAGACCUCUGGUCGUGGGGAGGACUCUCCAUGAAUGGUAAAGAACAAAGAGAGGGAUGUGUUCACUAUUGUAGUUUUGACUGAAAGAG